AUGAAGAAUAUGCCAAAAGGGCACCAGAUUAACAGGGCAUACAUUCCCAUAAGAAAAAGUAGAGAAAAUCCCACAGGACUGCAGAGCCCACGGAAAGAAAUUAAAUGCUUCACAAAAGCAGAAGGGGUUCAUUCAGGAAGAGUCACAAAACCACUGGUCUUCUGGCUACAUGAUGGUGUUCCUGCAUUAGUCCGUGAAGUUUUACUGGAACGUGGAUGGAUUGAGUAUGAUGAACAUGAGCAAGAUCUUGAAGACUGGAACUUACACUGGCAAAAUCACCCUUUCCGGAUGAGAGACCACCGAAGCAUAAAACCGUGGCAGAGGCUCAAUCACCAUCCAGAAACCAUUAGGAUCACCAGAAAGGAUUAUUUAGCCAGGCAUCUAAAACGGAUGAAAGGGAUUUAUGGAACUUCAUUGUAUGCAUUUAGUCCAGCAGCCUUCAUCAUGCCCAAUGAUUACACCAAGUUUAUAACAGAAUACACCAAGGAGAGACAGAUACCAGGGAAAAAGCCGAGUUACUGGAUCUGCAAACCAGUCAACAGAUCUCGUGGAAGGGGCAUACUCAUCUUUCAGGACAUUAAAGAUUUUGUUUAUGACUGCAUGGUCAUUGUGCAAAAGUACAUCAGCAAUCCCUUGCUUGUUUCUGGUUACAAGUGGGAUCUCCGUUUUUAUGUUUGUGUCACAAGUUUUUGUCCCCUCACUGUUUAUACAUAUGAAGAAGGGUUGGUGAGGUUUGCUACAGAGAAGUUUGACCUUGGGUCCCUGGACAAUGUUUAUGCCCACUUGACAAACACCAGCAUCAACAAAUUUGGACCCUCAUAUGAAAAGGAGAAAGAUGUCAUUGGCUCUGGGUGCAAGUGGACUUUCAGCCGGUUCCGGGCUUACCUACGUAGCCGGAAGAUUGAUGACCUGCGCCUGUGGAAAAGGAUCAACCACAUUAUUAUUCUGACUUUGCUUGCCAUCAUUCCAUCAGUCCCAUUUAGCUCAAAUUGUUUUGAGCUGUUUGGGUUUGAUAUUUUGGUAGAUGAGAAAAUGAAGCCCUGGCUUCUAGAAGUGAACCAUAGCCCUGGAUUGCGUUUGGACUGUGCCAUCGAUGCCACCGUGAAAAGGAAAAUGGUCCAUGACAUAGUCGACUUGCUGAACUAUAAGGAGUCUGAUGCUCUGAGGAAAAACAAAGGGGCAAAUAGGAAAGGUUCGUGCUUUCAAAGAACAGAGGCUUUGUGGACUACCCAAGCAGACGUCUCCCUCGAUUUCCUGGCUUGUGCAAGAAGAACCAAGUCAGCAACUACUUCUCCAUCUUCCUCUUUCUUGCAGAUUGAUAGAAGAGCCCGGACUGCUGGCCCAAGCAGUGCCUACCCCAAAAAAACCUUAACCUCACAACUGCGUGAAAGAAUGCACAUGCCUCAAACAUCCCGGCAAUCCAAAUCACCACCUAAAAGCAUACCAAUGUCAAGAACCGGUUGCUCACCAUAUGAACCUGUUCACCCUUUCUGUUCAUUUAAUUCGACUGAACUCUUUACUCAAAAUCCUUCCUGCCCUCCCUAUUUCCUCUCAGAUAAAGACAAAAGACCAUUCACUCAAGUAGGUGACUUUGUCCUUAUCUUUCCUUUCAACGAUGCAGCCCUUGAAGCAUCCAGGAAUGGAAUAAACAUCAAAAAUGUAAUACAAGAAAUACACAAAUUAAUAAGCAAGAAACUGCAACCAGAAAACCAGGAAUUAAAAUAA